GAUAGGUGUACAGUUGGUGGUUACCAUGGUAAUGGCUAGUGUCAUACAGAAGAUCAUACCUCACUAUUCUCUUGCUCGUUGGCUUCUCUGUAGUGGCAGUUUACGGUGGUAUCAGCAUCCUACUGAAGAAGAACUACGGAUUCUUGCAGGGAAACAAAGAGGGAAGACCAAAAAAGAUAGAAAAUAUAAUGGUCAUAUUGAAAACAAACCCCUAACCAUUCCAAAAGACAUUGAUCUUCAUCUGGAAACAAAAUCUGUGACUGAAAGGGACACUAUUGCAUUGCAUUAUUUUCCGGAAUAUCAGUGGUUGGUGGAUUUCACUGUUGCGGCUACAGUUGUGUACGUGGUGACGGAAGCCUAUUACAGUAUUGUGAAGCCCUCACAAGAAAUGAAUAUCAGCGUGGUGUGGUGCCUGCUUGUCUUGGCUUUUGCAGUUAAGGUACUGUUUUCGUUGACUACCCAUUAUUUCAAAGUAGAGGAUGGAGGUGAAAGAUCAGUCUGUGUCACCUUUGGUUUUUUCUUCUUCGUGAAAGCAAUGGCAAUUCUCAUUGUGACAGAAAACUAUCUAGAGUUUGGACUGGAAUCAGCUUUGCAAGGAUUGCUUAAAAUAGACGAUAGGGGUCCUGUGUCUAAACUAACCUUCAAAUUGUUCCUGGCUGUUCUGUGUUCACUUAUUGGUGCUUUUUUGACAUUCCCUGGCUUGCGACUGGCUCAAAUGCAUCUGGAUGCUCUGAAUUUAGCAACAGAAAAAAUAACACAAACAUUGCUACAUAUAAACUUCUUGGCACCUUUAUUUACGGUUCUACUGUGGGUGAAACCAAUCACUAAGGACUACAUUAUGAACCCACCUUUGGGCAAAGAGAGCGUCCCUUUAAUGUCAGAAGAUACAUUUGACACCAUGAGGUUGUGGAUUAUAAUCCUGUUGUGUGUUUUACGGUUGGCUAUGAUGCGUCAUCAUUUACAGGCCUAUCUGAAUUUAGCUCAGAAAAGUGUGGAUCAGAUGAAAAAGGAAGCUGGCAGAAUAAGUAUGGUUGAUUUACAGAAAAUGGUGGCUCGGGUAUUCUAUUAUCUUUGUGUAAUUGCACUGCAGUAUGUUGCACCAUUGGUAAUGCUCCUUCACACAACUCUGCUCUUGAAAACACUAGGUAAUUAUUCUUGGGGUAUCUACCCGGAAUUGAAUUCUGACACUCCAGUAGAAAACAGUCUGCUUCCCAGUUCAGUUUAUUCUGAGUCUCCACCUGCUGAUGGAAAGAUGAAAGUAACUGUAGUACAAAUUACAAUGGCUUUGGGAAGCCUAAAGAAUAUUUUCACUCCUCUCCUGUUCCGGGGACUCCUGUCUUUCCUCACCUGGUGGAUUGCUGCUUGCCUCUUUUCUACAAGCCUUUUUGGGCUUUUCUAUCACCAGUACCUGACUGUGGCAUGAACAGGUCAACUGACAAAGCAAGUGUGAGGUCAAAUACUAGAUACAAACCCAGGUACCCAAGAGGAGACGAAGAGAAAAGAAGAAAACUAUAUAAGAAGAGAAAACAUAUCAGAAUUUUUUUUAAACACUUCCUCUGUGUUCUCAGGGUGAAUAUUCUUAUAAAGUUUAAAAUCGCAACUGGGUUUGUUAUUUUUGUUACCCAAAUGGUAGGUAACUAAUUGAAUUAUAGUAUCGGGACUGACUGACGUUAUUGUGUGGCAGAUGGUGGUGAGCGUGCUGAAAAGAUACGCCCUCUGAGUAUCUUGGUUUCCGUAAACAGCAAGCCAACCUCAAAACUUUGUGUUUUAAGCAUCAACAGUCAGUGACUGAACUGUGUUAGAAGGGUACUGGUUAUAGUGAUGGUGGCUGCCUAUCGAUUAAAUCUUGAAACUGAGCCAUACAAUGGAAGGAGAGAGG